AUGUGGAAGUUAGCAGAAAAGUUCGGUCUGAAGUACAGCGACCUGCCAACAAUGCUAUGGAAUAUUUCGUUCUUCCUCAGGGUCCUCUCCGUUAACAUCGACAAGCGAGAAAAGAAUCGAAUCCCGAUAUUCUUCUACGUUUUGACAGUGGUGGGAGCCUCGAGUUACUCCUACGUGUACAUUAUUUCUAUGAUGUGGUUCGUGUUUGUCCGGUGCCCGCAGACAGGCGACUUGCUUGCUGCCGUGAUUGUGUUUUCACUUGGUAUUGGCAGCGUGAUCGGGAUCAUCAAGUUCAUCUACGCUUUAAUUUACAUAAAUUCUAUCAGAGAUUUAAAUGAGGGGUAUCUGAUGUGCGAUUCCCAAGUGACACAAGGAAGUCGAUUUCAUACAAACCUUACGAAAUAUUUGCGUGUAGUGAAAAAACGUGCGAUGACCUUCUGGAUCGUGAUUAUAAGUAAUGGUGUGGCUUACGUCACAAAACCUAUGAUUCUACCCGGUAAACAUUUGGCCGAGGAAUUGUUCAUUUUUUACGGUCUUGAACCAAUGCACGAAUCACCAAACUACGAGAUAGCAAUGGCGCUUACGACAUUUGCAGUAUUAUUCGCAGUUUACACGACUGCUAACAUCACCGCGUUCUUUAUUACAGUCAGUGGGUAUAAUGAAGCGCAAAUGUUAGCACUUAGUGAAGAAUUACUACUGCUUUGGAACGAUGCAGAAACAUUCUAUCAAGAAACCCAAAACCAAAUGUACAACCCUGAAGACAUUGUUUCUAACGUAAAAUCAAAAUUCGUAAAUCAAUUUAUCAAAGACCGUCUAAAAGACAUAGCCAAACGCCACGCAGUAAACAUUAACCUGUUACGAAGGCUUGAUAAUAUAUAUCGCGGAGCCGUAGCAAUCGAAUUUUUGAUUCUUAUAGUUGCAAUGAUAGCAGAACUACUCGGAGGACUGGAAAACACUUAUCUUGAAAUACCUUUUACGAUAUUACAAGUGUUUAUGGAUUGUGUGAUUGGACAACGAUUGUUAGAUGCCAGUAAUGUAUUCGAGAGCGCUGUAUACGCCUGCAAUUGGGAAAAUUUUGAUAAAAGCAACAUGAAGACAGUAUUCGUGAUUUUUCAGAUUUCGCAGAAACCUUUCACUCUUUCAGCGGGUGGGGUCGCAAUAUUAGACUUCGCCUGCUUUAUGUCCGUACUCAAGUCCAUUUAUUCAGCUUAUAUGACUUUACUUACUGUAAUGCAUUAA